AUGUGGCAUUUUGCUGUGUCUCUCUUCCUAAUCGAGCUGUAUGGAAACAGCUUACUUCUGACUGCCAUCUAUGGGCUCGUGGUGGCCGGCUCUGUUCUCCUGCUUGGGGCCAUCAUUGGAGCGUGGGUGGACAAAAACCCCAGACUGAGAGUAGCCCGGACUUCACUGGCUGUGCAGAACAUCUCUGUAAUCAUCUGUGGAAUUAUUUUGAUGGUGGUGUUCCUGUACAAAGAUGAACUGUUAUCCAUGUAUCAAGGAUGGUUAUUGAUUUUAUGCUAUAUCCUCGUCAUCUUAAUAGCAGAUGUUGCCAAUCUGGCAAGUACAGCUAUGUCUAUCACCAUUCAGAGGGACUGGGUUGUUGUGAUUGCCGGAGGGGACAAAAACCAACUAGCAGAUAUGAAUGCUACCAUGAGGAGGAUUGACCAGCUGACCAACAUCCUGGCUCCCAUGGCUGUUGGACAGAUUGUAACCUUUGGCUCUUCUGUGAUUGGCUGUGCCUUCAUUGCUGCGUGGAACUUUGCGUCUAUGUGCGGAGAGUACCUGGUGCUAUGGAAAGUCUACAAGGAGACACCAGCUUUGGCUCUUAAGUCGGAAAAGAAGAGGGAACAAGAACUACAGCAGGUUUUAGAUGCGACCUCAAACCACCAUGAGAACCCUGUAGAAGCUGGCCUCCUUGGGGCAGAAAGAGAGUCAUCAAUUGAAAUGACUAAAGUACCCGGCUGCUUUGAAAGAUUGACAAAACCAUUCCGCACAUUAAAAGAUGGCUGGGUGGCCUACUACAAGCAACCAGUGUUCUGGGCCGGAAUGGGACUCGCUUUCCUCUACAUGACUGUCCUCGGAUUUGAUGGCAUUACCACCGGUUAUGCCUACACACAAGGGCUGAGCGCUUUCGUUCUCAGCCUUCUUAUGGGAGCAUCUGCUGUUUUUGGCAUCAUAGGAACUGUGGCCUUCACCUGGUUGAGGCGGAUGUGUGGCCUGGUUCGUACUGGCUUCAUAUCCGGAAUAGCUCAGCUCUUCUGCCUUGUUCUUUGCAUGGUGUCAGUCUUUAUGCCUGGAAGUCCAUUUGAUCUUAAUGUUUCUCCAUUUGAAAAUCUUGGAACUCAUUUAUUUGGAGGACAACCAGUUUCCACAGUGUCUUCAGCUGCUGUGCAUCAAGUGAACUUGACAAGCACUAUACAGAGUAUACUGAAUGACUUCAACUCAACUACCACCCAACCUCAUGAUGUUUCCAUCCCAUUGACCUCUGUCAGUCUUCUCUUUGCUGGGAUCAUUACAUGCAGAAUUGGACUUUGGUCAUUUGACCUCACAGUCACACAACUACUUCAGGAAAAUGUGAUGGAAUCUGAAAGAGGCAUCAUAAGUGGCAUCCAGAACUCCAUGAAUAACCUGCUGGACCUGCUCCAUUUCAUUAUGGUGAUCCUAGGACCCAACCCAGAGGCUUUUGGCCUACUUGUUCUAAUUUCAGUGUCUUUCGUAGCCAUGGGUCACCUGAUGUACUUUGGAUUUGCUUACAAUAACAUAGGAAGACAACUGUUCUCUUGCUUUUCCUCUGAACCCAGACCAGUUCCAACUAAUGAACAACAUACGGACACCACUUCUGUUUAA